GACUUCGAGCUGAAGGCAGGGCAGUUCGGAGCGCUGCCAGGAGCGAGACAAACCAACAAUCGGGCCGAGCUGUUCGCGCUGAUCAAGUGCAUGGAGGAGACCAGAGGGCCCAUCACCUUCUGGACCGACAGCGAAAUCACCUUCCUGGACUGGAACGCGGAGCGCGACACCAAGAAGGAGUUCACAGGCAACAGAGCGGCGGACAAGUACGCGGAGCAGGGAGCGAGGUUACACGCCAUCCCCAGGAACGAGAUGAACUGCUACGAAUGGGCGCGGGCGACAGCGGCACUGGUGAGGACGAGGAUCGCGAUCAACACCAAGGACUGCCUAGCCAGGAGAGGACGCGGUUGGACAUGCAGGUGCUGCAACGAGACGAUCAUGCAGAGCACCACCAGCCUCGAGACAGUCAAGACAUGGCUGCAGGAAGGCUGCAAGGGGCCGCCACCAGAGACAGGCAGAGGGGUCGUCUACAACGGGAUCCAGGCCCACGAGACACACGAGCUACGAAGGCUGGGACGAGAACGGAGAUGGUACUGCCGAAGGUGCGCGAGCUCGGUGACAGAGUACGUCAGCGAUAGACUACAGCAGGAGUGCGAGGGGGCGCCAAGCUGUAACUCGAUGAAGCACAAGCUGAAGGCCUGGGAGACGCUCGCGGACUUGGACCACUGGAGGCGAGAAAAUGCAGUUCCACCAGACCUUGGCCAGCCUGGCCAUAAGCCAAGCCAGCCUGGCUUGAGCAACAAGGAGCCCAGCGACGACCAGAAUGACACUGGCCUGGGGCAGCUCGGAAAUUUCGAGGUCGGAAGCGCACCGUCCUGGUCCUUGGGGGCGGCGGAUGCGCAGGAGGCCCUCCGCUCCGAGGGGGAGGUGUCGGGUGGAACCUUGCGGCGACCACUGUAG